AAUUAAUAUCUAUUUUAAAUUAAUGUCUUAAUAAGUGCUUUGGGAAGUAGUUAAGGGUAACAAUGCUUUUUUGGUUAAAAGAAACGGAUUGACACUCUCAACUGAUCCAUUCAAUAACACAGGUGUAUAAACAUACAGUAGCACAGGUAAAUGAAAAUUAAUCUAAAUUAAAAAGGAUUCAUUACAAAUAAUGCUAUUGGUGUUGUACCAACAUAAGCAAAGGUAAAUUAAAUCAAUAAUGUCAAUUUGGUUACAAGAAAGAGUACAAAAUUCUAAUAAGCUGACAGAAAGACCAAAAAUACCUAAUCUGUUUAUGCUUCAACUUUGAGUGUUAAACAUGGAAUUCAUACAGCAUCAAGAGUAUCUUGUCUUAUGAACUCUAGGUAAUCAGAAAGAGAUUUGGCACAAGAAGACUGGGAUUGUAGAAAGCAGCUCUUAGAAAAUUAGUCAAUUUGAACAGAGCAAAUGCUGUAAGAAGAAGAAACGAAAUUGCUGCAACUAAGGCAUAAAAGAAAUGAUUUGCAUUAUCAAACGAUGUACAAUAAAUAAAUAAAUAUAUAUAUAUAAAUGGAAAC